AUGAAGGCCGCCCUCUCUCUCACUGCCGUCCCGCUGCUGGCCAGCCUUGGUUCGGCCCUUCCCCAGCCCCAUGCUGGCGCCCAUGCUGCUGGCGUUAAGCGUGCCAACACCACUUCCUGGAACCCUCCUUCGGACUUGGUUACUCCUCUGAACGAGGUCUGGGAGCACCAGAUGGACACCUACUCCGACCCCCUCGGCUUCAAGAACUACGGUUUCGACCAGGUGAUCGACGGCAAGGGCAAGAUCAACUACUGCGUGCGUUGGGACUCGACCAAGUCGGUCACCGAGAGCCAGCGUGAGAGCAUCGAGACCGCCGUUCGCAAGGGCUUCAACAAGUGGAUCGAGAAGCUUGCCGGCUUCGACGGCUUCCCCUACGAGACCGUUGACGUCAACGUCGUCGGCUACGCUGUCAAGGACAAGUCCCUCCUCGAAGGCGACACCUCCGGCAUCGAGGUCUACUCCACCACCGACGCCGACGGCAUCCCCGAGUGUGACCCCAAGUGUGGACGAUUCUUCCACCAGGACGGUGACUACAGCUCUUGCGAGGCUGGCGCUGACCGCCACUAUGACCAGAGCUUGUGGCUCAGCGAUGACUUCGAGGGUGGUGCCGGUGGUGACUGGGGCCAGCGCGUUGGCCAGUCCUACUUCAUGGAGAGCGUGGGCGAGGAGAACCAGCACAUCUACCUGCACGAGAUCGGCCACACCUUUGCCUUGGACGACUUCUAUGACUGGACUCCCACCGGCCAGGACAGCUUCAUCAUGCUUGCUGGCAGCGCCACUGAGAUCACCGAGUUCGACGCUUGGAUGGCCCGUGACUGGUGGCGCAACCUGAAGGACCGCUACAGCCUGUAA